CUCUGGGUGGUCUGCUGUCCUCCCUGGAGAAGGCCAGGGUGCAGCUGGACAGUGAUGAAGAUGACUUUGGCUUCCUUGCGGAUCUGCUCAAAUCUCGAGAAUUACAAGCACUUGUUCAUGUACAUAAUAAGAUCAACCACACAAAGAAGACAUGUCAGCCGCUCAUGCCUAACGCAGAAGACAUAGCCAUCUCCAUCAUGAGGGACAUUCACUAUCGCACCUUUCCCUACACUGAUGCUAUCGAACUUUUUGCCCCUUUACAGUCACCUCAUUUACAGGGUAUUCUUCAAGCUCACGACAGUAUUGCUGCCAAGGAUUUUGUACCACAUUUGCCUGAAAUUCCUGUGGAGGUCGAUGAAGAUGAAGAGACUGUCAAGAUUGUACAAUUGGUGAAGAGCAAUGAGCCUAUGGAAGGAAAAGGAGCUGAACCAAUUGUGGGAGCUACCAUCAAGCAGGAUGACCGGACAGGGGCCAUAGUAAUUGCUCGUAUAAUGCAUGGUGGUGCUGCAGAUCGCUCUGGUCUGAUACACGUUGGAGACGAGGUGCAGGAAGUCAACAAUUUAAAUGUUGUUGGCAAAACUCCUGGUGAUGUGCUAAAAAUACUUAUGCAAGCAGAGGGAACUAUUACAUUUAAACUCCUUCCUGCUGGUAGUUCAGCUCAUUUACGGGAGAGCAAAGUACGCGUGCGUGCCUACUUUGACUACGAUCCUAAAGAGGAUAAACACAUUCCCUGUAAGGAGGCUGGACUGGCAUUCAAGAAACACGAUAUUCUUCACAUUGUUACGCAAGACGAUCCUUAUUGGUGGCAAGCUCGAAGGGAAGGCGAUCGCAACAUGCGUGCUGGUUUGAUUCCUUCUCGGCAACUCCAAGAGAGACGGAUCUUGUCACACAGACAAGAGCAGACAGCUAAUGGACAAAUUGCAGGGAAUAUUAUUCCCAAGUCGCCCAGCUGCAAGCCUUCGCCCAAGGUUAAGAAGAUCAUUUAUGAUGCUUCGGAGAGUGAAGAUUUUGAUCGGGAAGAGGUAGCUACAUAUGAAGAAGUGGCUCGUCUGUAUCCUCGACCUGGUCUUCCUCGGCCAAUUGUCUUGAUUGGUCCACCAGGAGUUGGGAGGAAUGAGUUAAAGCGAAGAUUAAUGUCCAUUGAUGUAGAUAAAUUCCGGACACCCAUUCCUAUGACAUCUCGACCAGCACGACCAGGCGAGGUAAAUAACCGAGACUACCAGUUUGUGACCCGAGAGGAACUGGAGGAAGAGGCUAGUGCUGGUACACUAGUUGAACAUGGAGAGUUCAAGGGUCACUUAUAUGGCACCUCAUCUGUCACCCUCAAAUCUCUUAUUAAUGCUGGCUAUGUAGUGCUGGUUACACCACACUAUCAGGCCCUUAAGUACCUGAGAACUGCAGAGUUCAAACCGUACGUGAUAUACAUCAAGCCUCCCACACUGGCCGUGCUCAAGGAAACCAGACAGGCAGCUCAUGCUCGCUCAACCUUUGAUGAGAAUAAUUCCAGAGGCUUUACUGAAGAUGAAUUUAAAGACAUGCUGAAAGCAGCUGCCAGAAUCGAGUUCCAUUAUUCACACUGGUUCGAUGAAGUUAUUGUUAAUGAUGAGUUGUCAUCUGCCUUUGAACGUUUGGUAGCUGCUGUAAAUAAAGUGGAGACAGAACCUCUGUGGGUGCCUGCAUCCUGGGUGCAAUAAUCAUGGCCACACCACAUAGUGCAGCAUCCUGGUUGUAAUAAGCAUGGCCACACCUCAUAGUGCAGCAUCCUGGGUGCAGUACUCAUGGCCACACCAUAUAGUACAGCAUCCUGGGUGCAAUAAACAUGGCCACACCACAUAGUGCAGCAUCCUGGGUAUAAUAAUCAUGGUCACACCACAUGGGGAGUGCAGCAAUAAGAUGUGUUCUUCAUGCAUUACCUGUGUAAAGAGUAGGUCAGUGACAACCACUUUGUGACUUAUCACAUCAAGAUGCAAUCUUGCCAACACACCAGUCUCUGCACAGGGCAAGGCCUGCUGACAAAUGUAUGAAGAGAAAUCCCUCACUAAAACUUGCCUUUCUUGUAAACCUCUUUAUUGAGAAUGUCCCUUUAUUAAGUCAUGUAAAAAUGCAUCAAAACACAAGUGUAUACAACUAUUGCAGUAGGGUAUUAGGGAAAGAGGAAAUGCCAGGAGGGAUGGUUAAGAAAGACGAAGAGUUGCUCUGGUUACUUUGUUAGUAAGCAGCUCUGAUCUGUCCAGUAGUGUUUUAUUUCAUAUUUCGAUGAUUCAGUGUGGUUUGGAGCAUUUUCUGACCUUCCUUCAUUUUUAGUUAAAAUAUACAUGUAAAUUACUUGAGAAAAGGUAAGGUUUACUUCUUGAAAUAAAAUAUGAUUUAGCUUAACUUUUCCCAAAAAUGCAAUUGUGGCAGCAGUUUCAAUUAAACGUGGGAUAAUUUACGUAUUUUAGCUUAAAAAUGAAGUACAUGUUACAAGCAUAAUAGUGCUGAGAAACUGUUGAAGAAAGACAAAUAUAACUUAAGAUGUCUAAUUAGGAGGGUUUUUUGCUCACUGUGAUAGCCCUUGUGGCUUAGCACUUCUUUUUGAUUAUAAUAAUAAUGUGAUUGAAAGUCCCAAUGGGUGAAACCUCUAAUUAAAUGUCCUGAGAAUUGAAUGUGUCUUGUGCCCUUUGGUUUUUGCAGGAGCAGUUUGAUUAUAAUAAUAAUUGGUUUUGUUCUAUGUUGUCUAAACUCAGGAUGGCAACUUCCUCAGAAAAUGUUCAUAAUCUUUAUGAAGUCUGAGUAUCUUGAUCCUUGUCCAUGUAUUUGUUUCCUAUUGAAUUGGUUGUUGCAGUUGUUUGUGGGUUUACCUAACUAAAAGCAAAGUUAAGCUAGACUGGUAGUUUUGUUCUUAUCCAGUCCCUGCUUGCCUUGAUAUGGAGCCAGUACUCCCUAUUGAAGCAAGAAUUAAAUUUAAACUUUAUUAGUAUUUAAAGCUAUUGUUUAAUAAACUUAGUUAUCUUUCUGAUAGGCUUGUAUCUUUUAAAGCAGGCUUGGAAAUGUUUCUACAAAUUGUUGUAGACCUUUUUACACUACUUGAGCCUUUUGCUGUUGGGGAGAACUCGUUUGCAGAAGGGGCCUUUUCUUAUGUUGCUUCUAGAUUGUUUGACCCUUAUGGGUUUAGUUCUUGGUUAUGAUUAUAUUUAUAACAAUUCAAGAUUGUUUAACAGGUUGACAGGGUGGUAAGAGUAGGGAAUCUGUUCAUGCUUUCAAGUCUCAUUUGAAAGCACAUCUCUUUUCUAGAUCAUAUGAUCCUGAUGAUCACACUCUCACUCUUGAAUAUGAACUUUAGUAUUUCUUCAUUAUUAUUGCUGCAUUUAUGGCUUGGUGUACAAGUGCCUGUUAGUUUCUUGAAAAAAAUUGCAAUCAAGACUAGCAAAAUCCCAAAUUAUUAUUUGCCUCCUUAAAGAUUCACUUGGCACUGUUUCAAACCAUGAUUUAGUGAAAACAAGCAGUUAAGAAGUCAACUGUUGCACAUGUGUUUUACUUAUCAACCUAUCGGUUUUGUAUGCCAUUUUCAUAUUCAAGCAGUUAAGAAACUAGGAAUAUGAAACACUGCCCAAUAGCAGAGUGACCCUUUUUUUUUAUAGCGAAAAUAAAGCUAAUAAAAUAGUUCGGUCUGCUGCCAUGUGUUUCACAUUCAAACCAGGAUGUGGAUAGUACAUUAUGGUAAAUUAUAUUAGCGUUCUUAGUGUUACAUGUGCAGCGUGGAUAUCUUUUUUUAUUUUUUUAACGCAUCAGUCAUUACCCACCUAGGCAGGGUGACCCAAAGAGAAAGAAAGAAAAACUUUAAUCAUCAUUCAAUACCUUCAUCAUCACUAAUAUAUAAUCGCUGUCUUUGCAGAGGCGCUCAGAUACGACAAUUUAGAUGUCUCUCCAAACUGCCAAUAUCCCAAACUGCUCCUUUGAAGUGCAGGCAUUGUACUUCCGAUUUCCAGGGCUCAAGUCCAGCUAACCAGUUUCCCUGAAUCCCUUCACAAAAUAUUACCCUGCUCACACUCCAACAGCUCGUCAGGUGCCAAAAACCAUCCAUCUCCAUUCGCUCCUUUCUAACAUGCUCACGUACGCUUGCAGGAAGUCCAAUCCCCUUGCCCACAAAACCUCCUUUACCCCCUCCCUUCAACCUUUUCGGGGACGACCCCUACCCCGCCUUCCUUCCCUGCCUUCCUCCCCCCUACAGAUUUAUAUGCUCUCCAAGUCAUUCUACUUUGUUCCAUUCUCUCUAAAUGACCAAACUACCUUAACAGCCCCUCAUCAGCCCUCUGACUAAUACUUGUAGUAACUCCACACCUCUUCCUAAUUUCCACACUACGAAUUCUCUGCAUAAUAUUGACACCACAAAAGUGAAAGACUCGGCAAACAGUGCAACAUACCCUCAAUGAAAAGCAGGGGUGCUACUAGCACAGUAAGGGACAACACAAUAAGUGUCUGGGGCCCAAGACGGUUCAACUGCCUCCCAGCACACAUCAGGGGGAUUACCAAUAGACCCCUGGCUGUCUUCAAGCAGACACUGGACAGGCAUCUAAAGUCAGUACCUGACCAGCUGGGUUGUGGUUCGUACGUUCUGUUACGUCCAGCCAGCAGUAACAGCCUAGUUGAUCAGGCCCUGAUCCACCAUGAGGCCUGGUCACAGGCCGAGGCGCGGUGGCGUUGACCCCCGGAACUCUCUCCAGGUAUACCACAUAUUGCCCUUAGACAUGACAGCUCCACUGCCUCCAACCGCCUCCUCCCUGCAGCAUUUACAGCCCAUGCUUUGCACCCAUAUAAGUGUGUUGGUACCAUUAUCCUCUUGUACAUUCCCUUCUUUGCCUCUAUGGAUAACGUUUUUUGUCUCCACAGAUACCUCAACGAACCACUCUCCUUUUUUCCUUCAUCAACUCUAUGGUUAACCUCAUUCUUCAUAAACCCAUCCGCUGACAAGUUAACUCCCAAAUAUCUAAAAGCAUUCACUUCCGUACACCCUCCCUCCAAUGUGAUAUCCAAUUUUUCUUUAUCUAAAUCAUUUGAUACUCUUAUCUAUGUUCACUUUCAACUUUCUAACUUUACACACCCUCCCAAACUUGUCCACUAACCUUUGCAAGUUUUCUUUUGAAUCUCCCAAAAGUGCAGUAUUAUCAGCAAAAAGUAACUUUGUCAACUCUCAUUUUGUAUUUGAUUCCUGAUAAUUUAAUCCCUCCCCAACACCCUAGCAUUUCCUUCUUUUACAACCCAUCUAUAAAUACGUUAAACAACCAUGGUAGCAUUACACAUCCCUGUCUAAGACCUACUUUUACUGGGAAGUAGGCUCCCUCCCUCUUACACACCCUCCCCUUUCCCUCACUGUCCUCAUAAAAACUCGUUACUGCAUUUAGUAACUUACUACCUAUUCUGUACACUUGCAACUUCUGCCACAUUGCUCCCCUGUCCACUCUAUCAUAUGCCUUUUCUGAAUCCAUAACUGCAAUAAAAACUCCUACCUUUAUCUAAAUAUUGUUCACAUAUAUGCUUCAAUGUAAACACUUGAUCUACACAUCCUCUACCCAUUCUAAAGCCUCCUUUCUCAUCUGCAAUCCUGCUGAUAUCCUGUGAAAAUCUAUCUAUGAUACAUAGACACUUGUGCAGCACUUGGAUUUCUUUAUAUUGGAAACUUUUAGCUAACCAGUGGCUUCUUCAGCCCUGAUGAAGCCACUGACUGGAGAAGCAUUUCCACAAUAAAGAUACCCAAGUAUUACACAAAUGUCUAAUUUAUUAAUACUCUGAACCAUUUAUCUACAUAACUAUGUUUGUCUACCCUUGUGCAGCCACCAUAAGCAGCAGGAAUAGUGGAAAGGGCAUCUAAAAUGUGAGAGAAACAUCACAUAAACACAAAGAUCAGCAAACAUAAAUAUGUUUGGUAUGCAUAUAACACUGAUUUACAUAAGUAAAUGUGUGUAUAUCAUGGUUUGAAACAGUGUAAAGGUUACCAGUAAGGAAGAAGAUAGAUAUGAAAGAUAAUGUCUAGAGGCUUGUAUUACUUGCAAAGCAGUUACUGUGUUCUAUUGGGAAGGUCAGGCUACUAACCUGACAAAGACCAAUGUGACCUUUCACCCUGCCUUUUCAUCUGGCCUUCCCUCAUCCUAAUCCUUUCCCACAUAACUAUGACCAUAAUUUUUAAAGGAGUGGACCAGUAAGCCAGUGGAAGGCCUUGGUCAGAUGACCAAAAGCUCCAACGGCAGGUCAUCAUCUGACUAAAACCCAUGUUAGGAAACACUUGUCUUGUUUCCUGAUAACUUUACCUAAUCUAACCCACAUUUUUGUUUAACAAAAAAACUGGGUACUUUGAUAGUAUGCUGUUAUCCUACUCUAAUAUGAUAGUUAAAUUGUGGGGAAAAGAUUUGAUAUUUAGAUAUGUUUCCCCAGUCAUAUUACAUCACACAGGUUGAAAGACUUCAGCAAGAGGAUGAGAAUAUUUUCAAGCAUUUCCCCAAUCAGUUCAUUAGCUAUGGCAGCUAAUAAUUGCAAAAAAGUUAUACAAGAUUGUGUUUUGAUGAAACCUUAUAAUGAACAUUCUCAGCAGAACAUUGCUUACAACAAAGGCAUGUCUGUGUGUGCCAUUUCUCUACACCUGUCUUCAAUGUUGGUUGGUGCCUUUCUUUUCCUGAAAGAGUUAAGAAAAUUGAAGAUGUCUAUAUUGAUUGUUAUUUUCCAAUAGAUACAGACUAUUAAAAUGGACAGUGUUGGUAUUUCUGAGUAGUUUCUCCAGUCCAAUUUUCCUGUAUGAUCAAAAUCCAUUGUUGAGAAGUACUGUUUAUAUUACCAGUGUCAUAUGUCACUGCUAAAAUAAUACUUAAAUGAUCUACUUAAAUGUGAAUAAGUACAGCUCAGCAUGAAGAAAAUUUUCAACAUACAGCAAUGUGCUUAUUGCACUAUUUAAUCUUGAAAUAUGUAAGGAUAAGGUAUAAUAAAAGUUAUUAGGUGGAGCAUGCAAUUGCUUCACACACUGGCUGUAGUAGAUAUUAUCAUCAGUGGCACAGCAUGGGAUCACUCAUGUUAUUGAUCUUGCCAGUGUGUGCAGCUGAAGGCAAGUAUACUUACUGCAUGGUGUCAACCUAUUAUGAACUAUUUCACUUUUAACACAAACACGUGAAAUGAUCAAGGUCAACUUUCCUAACUCUACUUGUUCCCCACCUUUCAGUAUAUCAGUUUCCAUAAUGUUUCAGUGGAUUCUAUACAUUCCUACUAUUUUUCUUUUCCCUUUUCCCACCCUGUUCAUCCCUUUCCCCCUUCCCCAAUAUCUCUUGUGCCUCAUACCAACUUAAUAUGUAGAGGUAUGUACGUAGCCUUGUAAGUGAUGAGUUCAUUCAGUUCAAAGCAUGUUGAACCUUCUCUCCUGCUGCUAUUAUUAUUUAUCAUCAUCAAGACAAUGUAUUAAUGUAUGUAUAUAUCUAUUUAUUAUCACUAGAUACCUCAUCCCAUUAAAACAAAAAAAAAUCAUUCCCACCAUGAUAACCUGUUAUAGAAUCUCUUAAGUAAAUUAGAAGUUUGUCAUAGGAGUGCUUUGUGUGUGUAACUUGAGUGAGUAUGCUUGUGUGUGUAGUUUGUAUGUGCGUGUGUGUGUGUGUGUGUGUGCGUGCGUGCGUGCGUGCGUGCGUGCGUGCGUGUGUGUGCAUUGUGUGUGUGCAUUGUGUGUGUGCAUUGUGUGUGUGCAUUGUGUGUGUGCAUUGUGUGUGUGCAUUGUGUGUGUGUGUGUGUGUGUGUGUGUGUGUGUGUGUGUGUGUGUGUGUGUGUGUGUGUGUGUGUGUGUGUGUGUGUUAUGUGGCUGUGCUUGAGUACUUUAGUUCAAGAGGGGGUGCACUUGUGUGAGUAUAAGGAAGUAUGCAGUCAGUAAUUGUAUAUUGAACAAAUACUUGCAUUGUACAUUGUUACUCUGGUGUGAAAGUUGUGCGGUCUGGCCUUAGGUAAAACUUUACCAAAAUACUUGUAAACUAUUUGAGAUUAGUCUCUGAAAGUUCUUAAUCCCAUUACUUUAUAUAUUAAAUCCUAAAUCAGAUGAUAGUGUGUGAUAAGUCAUUUUUGAAGGAUCCACACUGUUACGCUUUUUUUUUUUUAUCAAAACACUACAAACACACUGGGGAUUUUUUGCUAAAUGCAUCUAGUCUUGUGUGGAGGUCCUCAGCCCUUGGUGUGGGAAUUCUGAGUGUCCUCAACCCUUAAUGAAGGACUGUGGAGUGUCCUUAACCCUUAGUGCAAUGUCGAGUGUCCUCAGCACUUAGUGAAAGAAUGUUGUGCCCUCAACUCUUGGUGCAGGAAUGUUGAGUGUCCUCCAGAAUUCUUGGUGGCAAUAUUGGUAUUUUACUGGUCAAUAUUAACAGAUGUUUGGCAUUAAUAUUAGCUAGAUAUUUGUAUCCUUUUGUAUUGGUUAAUGGGAAAGUAGCAAAGUAUGGAAGGUGCAAGUGACACGUUGAUUUUACAUACAUUCUUUAAUGAUAGGUACAUGUAAACCUAUAUUUUUAGUACCCUUUUUUUUUGUAAGAUAAUCAGAGGUUCUGAUUUGUAUAACCAAAAGAUGUUACAAGUUGUUGAUACAAUGGUAGUUAAAAGGGAACCCAAGGUUCAUUACAUAUGAGUGCUCUCCUGUGGAGCAGUCAGUCAACUGAAUAUCAAGUUAUAAAGCUAGGAUUUUGUGUACUAUUUUGUUGCAAUGAUUGACUAGUAAGAAGGUCCACAUAAAUCAUGUAUGAAGAAAAAACUAAAAUUAUGUAUGAAGAAAACCCUUUAUGGGUGAAACUCAAAAUAUUGUUAAUAUGGAGCUGUUAGGAGAACGAAAUAAUCUGUAGAAACAAAGAUCCUUUUAUUUUUAUUCCAGAGUGUUAUAGAUAUUUAUGUAUGAUCAGUUGUUCAUUUAUACAUGUUUCAUUAUCAGUGGUCUGAUGACAUCAAAAAGUGUAUAUUAAACAAAUCAUCGAGGUAAAAGACACAGCAAAAGGAGACUUUUUUUUUAGUAAAAUGUUUCUUCAACAUUAGUCUUUAUCAAUUACAAAGAAUAUAACAACUAGCAAACUAUAUAGUACAGCCUCUCCUCACUUAACGAUGGAGUUCUGUUCCUAAGACCACGUCGUUAAACGAGUACGUCGCUAAGGGAGGAGAGGCUGUAUAGUGCUAGUUGUGAUAUUCUUUGUAUACAGGCAUUAUUUUCAACACACCAGUCGUAUGCCACUGAGGCAGGAUGACUCAAAAAUAAAAAUGAAAGUUUUACCUACAUUAUAAUACAGCAGGUUAAGUUCCAGACCACUGCUGUAAAGCGAAUAACGACCUUUUUUUCCACUUGCCAGUGUAUAUAAAAACAAGUUUACAAUAUCAUUUAUUAGUGCACAAUAACACUAGGUCUAAAAAAAAAAAUGCAAAUGUAAAAAUAAAUAAAAUGUUACAGUACUGUAUUGCUAACCAGAUGUUUGCUGUACUAGCAAGGUAUGCCUGCACUGAUAAAACCUCAGCUGGGUGAAACAUCAGCCUAACAAGUCUUCUUGUGUGUGUGUAGUUUUACCACUUGUCAACUAUGCCAUACUUCAACUACACAAUUUUUGUUUGAUAGGGUAGUAAUGUGUGUGAUCAGGUGAGACUAUUAAGCCUGUGCUUAUGAUUCAGUUAAUAGUGAGGAUAUGCUUAUCUGCUCCUGAAUAUCUGUAAUUAGUUUUGAGGGCUCUUCUAUUUUAGCAACUCGGCCUGAGGCCAGACCUCCUUGAGUGUCUGGUCUACUAGUGUGUUGCUUCUAAAGCCCACAGGCCUUCGUAACCAUUACAAUAUGUAUAUCAUGGAUAGAAUGUACUGACAGUAGUAUGUUAAUAAGACACAAUAUGCAGUUUAUGGCAUUUCGAUAAAAUACAAUAAACUUUUUUUUUUUUUUUUUUUUUUUAACACGUUGGCCGUCUCCCACCGAGGUAGGGUGACCUGAAAAAGAAACACUUUCACCAUCAUCCACACUAUCUCUCUUUCCAGAGGUAGUGCCACAUUACUAUAGGAACCUGACCAUCCUGUGUGUCAUGCUCACACUAGGAUUUUGUGUAAACACGGUAAUUACACCAACUUUUUAUUGCUAGGUUGAGCUUGGGGCUUUUGCCAAAUCUUGUAAUUAACUUUUUCCUGUCUGUUUUUUGUUACUAGUAUUUAUAAGCAGGUAGUUUUCUAUUACUAGUAUUUAUAAUAGGUAAUUUUUUGUUUACUAGUAUUUAUAAGCAGGUAGUUUUUUGUUACUAGUAUUUAUAAUAGGUAGUUUUUUGUUUAUUAGUAUUUAUAAGCAGGUACUUUUGUUAUUAGUAAUUAUAUGAUAAGUAGUUUUUCCAUAUAGUUAAUAAGUAGUCUGAUGUAAUUUAUACCUGUGAUGUUUUAAAAAUUAUUUUAAGGCUGUAAAUUUGUAUAUGAUUUUUACAGUGCGUACUUAAGAUAUGUACAUUUUUUCCUCCCAGAACUAAAUUUUAAUUUUACUAUGUAAUCAAGUUCUCACAAUUUAAAUUUAUCAUUGCAAGAUCCACCUGUGUUAUAAGAGGUUAUAGCAUUCCAUUUUCUCAUUGUAAAAUCUACAUCUAUUAUAAGAAACUAUAACAGGUGAGAAACUGCCAGGAUCGAAAAAUAAACAAUGGUAAAUGAAGUCAGCAUAUUUCAGUCUGAGACCCCUAUUCAGGAGAGAGGUUCCUGACAUGAAGCUGAAAUACGUUCGACAUCUCUCUCACCUGUGUUUCAGGUUUGUCGGCUUUCAUUGCUCAGUGUUCAUGACACAUUCCAGCCAGCAGCUAUAAGAUUCAGUGUCAUUAAUAAAUAUGUGUGUGUAAAAAAUCAUGUUUUUAUAUAAUAGAAUUUUGAAAGUUUGCAAAAAAAAAAAAAAAUCCAGCAAUUGAAGUAUAUCUGGAGGGUGUUCCAGGGGUUAGUGCCCCCAUGGCCUGGUCUGUGACCAUACCUCACGCUAAUUAUAAGAUUUGCUUUUCUUUCCCACCUAAUAAAUGCUAUAGUUAACUCUUCUCAGUCACAGAACUUUAUAGUGCUACUAUACUAAAUUGACUGAUGCAAGUUAAGAUUAUAAUCAGAUGAGAUAUUUUAAUUAUCACUCAAGAUUUAUGGACUUGAGUCCCCCCACCCCUAAUUUGGAUCACUCCUGAUUGUCUCCCAUUUCCCAGGUACUGUUUCACCCUUACAAGUUUAGCACUUCUCCAUAAAUGAAAUUGAUGACCUGUAUAGCUGGAGAUGGUUUUGGGGGUCAUUGCCCCCUGCAGCUCGGUCUGAGGCCAGGCCUCGACAGUUGAAUAUUUUUCACAGCUUGCCCAGAAAUUGGAGGUGAACCUAGGACAUAUUUUGGACCAUCCUGGACAGUUAUUAAGUCAGCCCACAGGCUGGUGCAUUUUUGUGAUUGUAAUAGCUGGAUAUGAGUCCUGGAGGUGAGAAGUACAGUGCCUACAUUCUGAAGGAGGGGUAAGGGUGUUGCAGUUCGGAGAGUCAUCUAAACUGUGAUGUCAGCACGCUUUUGGCAAGACAGACGGCAAUUGAACAAAUGAUCGUGAGUUCAUUUCCUCUUUUUGGGUCACCCUACCUUGGUGGGAGACAGCCAUUAUGUUAAAAAAUAAUAAUAAGCCAUUUAGCUUCAGCAGUGCACAACUUGAGUAAAACACUUGAUGUUAGGCAGAGCUAUCACUUUAUUCAAUAUUUUGCCAAGAUAGCAUCCUUAUAAAUAAAAUAUGGGAACAUAGUAAGGCUUGAAGCACUUUCCAGUGGAUUAUUGCACUACUUUAACCCAUAGGGAUCAUGUUAAAGACUUAAACACUUUUGCAACAUUUGGGAAUCUUUACUGUGGAAAUGUUUCACCAACAAAUGAUGAACCUGCACCAUAGGGGUCAUACAUCACCUGGGAAUGGGAGGUAAUCAUUUAAUUCAAGGAAGAGGAAGGUAGCUCCACUUCAUUGGAUUAAGAACCCUUUAGUAUGAAGGCACCCUUCUGUGAAAGAUCAUUUGGCUAGAGGCUAAACAGCAGCUAACAUGCAGGGGAUACCACAUUAUUAUUAUAAUCAAAAAAUGCUAAACUCACAAGGGUCUGGGGAUACCAUAACAUUAAGGAUGUUUUACUUUUGUUAUAUGUAGUUUAACAAGCAGUUAUCAAUGCAAAUUGUAAGCCUCUUCAUUUUACAUCAGUUAAUAGUUAUUUUUUCUUUAGUUCAUACAGUAGUGUGACUGUAGCAUUUUCCCAGGGAGUCUGUGUACUGUAAUGUUUAUGAAUUUUUUAAAUUGGCUAUUUUUAUUUUUACUUCAUUAGCUUCCAUAUACUACACAUCAAAGUGUUUUACCAUCAUUAAACUAUCUGUUAAAUAACCUACUUAUAAAGAAAUGUCAACAUUGUUAUACUUUUGUAACAGCAUAAAAUUAACCAUUUCUAAAAUAGUGGAAUGCUAUGUUUUUUAAAUAGUCUUUAAAGUCUCAUAACAUAGUUACUUUGUACAGUACUACUGUAUUUAUAAAUUCUCAUUGUAUAGUACAAUCAUUGUUAUUUAUAUAUUGUUUAGUCAUUUUCUGUAAUGUAAAUGUUUUACAUUGUUACAACUUGGCAUGCUGUUCUCAUGUUUACUUUGUGUGAAGCAAUAAACCUAUGCAAAUCGUACAACUAAAGAAUAAUGAAGGCUCUGGAGAUUGCUACCCAUUAAAGAUCUUGAAACAUUAUAUUUGAGUUGGGUAAAUUGAGAUUUAGAAAAAAUACUGGAAAGUACUUGUUUGGCAGUAGAGUUGUAGAUAAGUAAAACAAACUGCCAAAUAGUUAUUGAACUAAUAGUUAUAAAAAAGGGUUAGACAAAUAAAUGAUGAGUGAAAUUGGCUGGGUUUGAGGAUCUGCCUAGCACGAGCCAGUAGGCCUACUGCAGUGCUCCUCUAUUCUUGUAUAUUUAAGCCUGCAUCAUUCCUUGGUUUGUGUGACUAUCACGAGUUUAGCGCUUCACAAAGUACAAAGUUAUGUUGUGAUAGUUAAUGUGUUUGUUCCUUACAUUUUAAAGUACUGUAGUCAGACUUAUGAUUCUUCCUGGAAUCUCACUUUAUAAUAUUUGAAUAUUUUGUGAUGAUUGUCAAAGACAAUCUCAUCUUUUAUUUAUUAAUGGUGAUUAAUUAUACACCUUACCUUGUAUGAUAAAUUUUCCCAUACCUGUGUAUGUUAGGUUAAUUUCUUAUCUCAUUCAAUCUCCUUAUUCCAUAAUUUAGGCAAGGAAAAAAAUCCAUACAAUUAUCAGUAAAUUAAUUGUACAUUUUUAUCUUGAGUAAUAUCUGUUCCAAACAUUGUCAUCAUUCAUCUUUACUGACAAUUUGUGAAGUGUGAGGCAAUGCUUGCAUGAUAGGAAGGAUGAAAAUUGUUUAUGACAAUUAUAAUUUGUAAUUAUGUGCUUUUAUAUUAAUUAACUUUGCAGUGCUUUUUCCAAGCAUAUUUGGUGUUGCCAGUGUUAAUCUAUGCAAAGUAAAGAUUGAAUUCACUUUCAAGAGUUAUACACAUAUUGUACAUUGACACACAUACACAGAACAACUCUGUGCACAUUUCAUAUUAUAGUUUGACUUGUCUGAGCUGGAUAUAGGAUGAUUUUUUUUUUUUUUACCAGAAAAUUACCCCUGAAAAAUAGCAGACUUUAUAUGUACAGUAUAUAGCUAUACUUAUUUCAUAAGUCAGGGAAUACCGUUAAAUAUAACUAGUUUCAACAAUACAGUCGGACUAGAUGUUGAAGGUGUAGUCGCCUUGAGAACCGUUGUGAUUGCUAGAUUAGCUCAUAACCCUUCUUCCCUUGUGACACUUGAUUUACAGUGUUGUGCAUUUUUGAUGUUUACUUUGUCGGUGGAACUUUACAAUCUUCCAUGUGUGCAGUAGGACAUGAGGUGAACCUGUAACUUAAAGACUUCCUUAGCAUAAGUAAAUGUAUUGCAAUAAAAUUUGAAACCCUUACAUUUCAAAGAUAAGUUGUCUCAAAAUUCUGCAUCAUUCCAGUUGAUCUCAUAUAUCAGUAUAUAUUGUAACUUCCAAUGUGAUUCAUCAGUGGCCUUUUAAGUUAAAUUUAUCUAAUAGAGCAAAGGGGGAAAAUUAAAACCUAAUGCAAAUUGUGAAUGGAAAUAGUAUUGGAAAAUGGGAGUUACAAUAACUAUUACACUAUUAGAAUAUAUUUAAUAUUGUUCAUGAUAUAAACUUAAAAAAAAUGUAUAUUAAUAGGAAUUUACAGUAGACUAACAGCAUUUCUCAAAUUGAGUAUAGGUACAGUAUUGUCUUCUUUAAGCUAUUUUGGUUUGAUAUAAAAGAAAUUGCUAGAUGUAUAGUGAAUGGAAUGCCUGUGCCAUGUUGCAGUUUAAGCAGCAUCCCAGACAUAAUAGUUUGUCCACUUGUGUACCAUCCAUUCUCGUUUCUAGCUGUUCACUCUCACACAUUACAUUGCUAUCUUUUUUAACAGCUGUACUUGUACUGUGGUUUAGGCCAGUAAGGCAUUCUACUUUGGUCUUUACACACAGGAUACACGAUAAUAAGCGUUUUAGAAACUGUGUGAUUGUUCAAAUGGUGUAAACACUUUUUACUUUGUAGUAACAAAACUCCAUUUCAAAGCUUAUUCAUUACAAGUGAUUACAGUGAACAACUUAUGAUUUGGGUUAUGAAGCAUUGAUGUUCUUCUAAUCAUUCACACAUACCUACUGUAAUUUUUUGUUAACUUUAUAAUUGGUAAUCCUGAAAUAAAGAUUAGAUGAA